AUGAUGCGCUACGUGCUGUGUAUCCUCGCUCUCCUGCUCUCAUGUGCGUGUGUGCACGUCCUCGCUGAAGAAGUGCCUGCCGCCGAUCUUUCCGACCAAGUCCCUGAUACGGAGAGUGAGACAAAGAUUCUUCUUCCUUGUCUUGCUGGUAGUGAACCUACUGCUGAAAAACCAUGUGUACGUGCCCCUCCUGAUGAUAACAAUGGGUUGAAAGUUAAUCAGGAAAAAAAACAAUGUGAAACACAUGGUAAAGAAGGAGAGAAACAAAACUGUGAAACACAAGCCCAAGAUCAACAUAUAGGCGAAGACGACGACGAAGAAGAAGAGGAAGAAGUGGUUCAAGAAGAAGAAGACCCUAAUAACACUACACCACAAACCAUAAAAGACAAGGAAAGUGGAGGUGCUCCUGCGGAACCUGGGACACCGUCCAAAGACCAAAUUGAGGUAACUUCACCUCAACAGGUUGAUGGACAAGUUCUUAAGGGUCCCAAAGGUGACUCAAGUAAACCUGGUGGAAGUGAAGUCCCUUCUCCAUCUGGUGAGGCACCUAGUGGUCCGACUGCAAUUGACGGUCAACGUGAAAACAGCGACAAGGCGGCAGGUGGAAUCCCACCAAACGUGGAGAGUGCAGGAGAACAGCCUUCUUCUACCAGAACAGAGACGGAGAGUGCUACUGGUACUGUCACUUCAACCGCGAAUGGCGCUACAACUGCAGCGAGUGAGUCAGCGAAGGAACCUGACAGUACAGCCAGUGAUGAGGAAUCAACAAAUAACACAACACCCACCAUCACCACCACCACCACAACAACACUUCCUCCUGGACUCACAAACAACAAGAAGAGUGAUGCAGACAGCAGCAGCAGUAUCAGCAGUUCUGUGUGGGUGCGUGUUCCACUACUGAUUGUGGUUACACUGUCCUGUAUUGUUGUGUGCUAA